AUAAUAAUAUAUUGAUACCACCAUUGUAAUGCGCGACCGAACUAAUAUGAAAAAUAUUACAUUUCAAGAAAAAGAGAUUAAAAAGAUCAUCACAAUCUUCUGAGAGCUUUUCACAUAAAGCCAUUAUUACAACAGAACGAGCUGAGAGACAAAAAAAAUUCAAUUGAAAAAAAUACGUAGAUGGCUCCUUCACGAACUGAAAAAACGUUAAUGGCGAAGGACCAAGUCGACAGUAAUAAGCUUCACAUAGCCAUGUUCCCAUGGCUGGCCUUCGGUCACAUACUUCCCUACCUGGAGCUUGCCAAGCUAUUUGCUCAAAAGGGUCACCGAAUCUCUUUCAUAUCAACCCCAAGAAAUAUCCAACGACUUCCAAAGCUCCCUCCAGAUCUAUCACCUUUCAUAAACUUGGUCAACCUUCCAUUACCAUCAUCAUCAGAGUUUAAUCUCCCAAACGAUGCAGAAGCAACCUCUGAUAUGUCCAGAGAACAAGUCCCAAUCCUCAAAAGAGCCUACGACAGUCUCCGAGACUCCCUUUCCGAUCUUCUUCGCUCUUCCAAACCAGACUGGCUCCUAUUCGAUUUCGCGGCUUAUUGGGUACCGGAUAUGGCCCGAGAUAUCAAUCUUCGAAAUGCAUACUUCAGUAUAUUCAACGCUGCUUCUCUAUCAUUUAUCGGUGCAGAGAUCCCUGAUACCCGCACCGAGCCUGACCAUUUCAUCGUCCCGCCAAAGUGGGUCCCCUUUCCCUCAAAAAUUGCGCUUCGGAGGUUUGAGGUAUCCAAAAUCUUCGACGACUUGAGUGGCGGCGACGGAGACGUUUCAGUCGUCUACCGCAUCGCUAAAUCGCUCAGAGGUUGCGACGUGGUGGCCGUGAGAAGUUGUUGGGAAUUGGAGUCAGAGUGGUUAAACCUCAUGGCACAUAUUCUGGGAAAACCAGUUCUCCCCAUCGGUCAACUUCCACCGACACCAUACGCCGGAGAAGUCAACGACAGCUGGAAGAAAGCAAAGGAGUGGCUUGACCUCCAACCGAAACGCUCUGUUGUAUACGUAGCGUUUGGGAGUGAGGUUGUACUGAGCCAAGAUGAACUCAAUGAGAUGGCUCUGGGCUUAGAGCUUUCUGGCUUUCCAUUUUUCUGGGUGCUAAGGGGGCAUUCAGUGGAGCUUCCAACGGGGUUCGAGGAUCGAACAAGAGGACGUGGAAUAGUGUGGAGGAGUUGGGCUCCUCAGUUGAAGAUUUUGGGUCAUGAAUCGGUCGGGGGAUUCUUGACUCACUCCGGGUGGAGUUCGGUGGUGGAAGCUCUUAAGUUUGGGAUACCCCUUUUGCUGUUGACCUUCACAAACGACCAAGGUUUGAAUGCCAGGCUUUUGGAGGAGAAAAUGAUUGGAUAUUCCGUUCCAAGAGAUGAAAUCGACGGGUCCUUUACCAGAGAAUCAAUGGCCAAAUCGUUGAAGGUAGUGAUGGUUGAAGAAGAAGGGGAGGUUUAUAGAGAGAAGGCGAAGGAAAUGAGUCCCAUAUUUGGAGACAUGGGAGUGCAGAACAAGUAUGUUGAUGAGUUUCUUGCAUAUCUUAAGUCUCAUUCAAUUUGACAAGUUAUGUUUUAUGUAAUAUUUUGAACACAUUAUUAUAUCUAUACAUAUAUGUAUGUGUGUUCAUUAAAAUUAUUAUUAUUACGUAGCACUUGUUUAAAUGAAUUACAUUUGUAUGACUAUGUUAUUUAAAUCCAUUCAACUUUUUAUUAA